CCAACUUGUGGACGAAGCCCAAAGGACUGCAGCGCAGUGCUAACAGUGAUGAUGUCAGCUGAUGUUUUCUUUUGUUUAUAAAAAUGGCUCCACGUGCUGUUUCCAGGUCGUCUCUGCUGAACCACAUGGCCAGAGAGCAUUCCUUCAGCAUCGGACUGCCGGACAACAUCGUCUACUGCAGCGAGUUCCUCGACACGCUGCAGGACAAACUGGACAGUCUGCAGUGUCUGUACUGCGAGAAAACAUUUCGAGACAAAACCACGCUGAAGGAUCACAUGAGGAAAAAAGCUCACCGCCGCAUCAACGCCAAAAACCACGAGUAUGACCGCUUCUACGUCAUCAACUACCUGGAACUGGGAAAAACGUGGGAGGAGGUGCAAAGCGAAGAUGACCGUGAGCUGGCGGAUGAUGAGGAUGAGUAA